GUGUGUGUGUGUGUGUGUGUGUGUGUGUGUGUGUGUGUGUGUGUGUAGCCAGUGAUGGGUUCCCAACAUGUUCUCGCUCAUCUCUACCAGAAGCAGUGAAGCUACGGGUUGUGCGCAGUCUCCAUUUUUUUUAUUUUGGCUGUUUGUCUCGCCUUUUUUGCGUCAAAAGCGCUGCGCUUGGCGCAAAACCCAUCCACCUGUUUGCGUCUUCCAUGCAGCGGGAUGACGCUCUUCUUACUGAGGAGAUGCUGAGAGAUCUGUGGUGACCUUGUGGAUCAGCAUCCGGGUGGUGGUGGUGGUGGUGCGUGGAAGCCGGGAGACAAAGGAGCCCCGCCGAGGAUCCGGACGUGUGCGUGCAUUGACGGAAGGUGAUGCCCGCGUCUUGUCACCCGGACCCCGGGCUGCUGCUCCUGCUGCAGCUGGGCUGCUGGAUGGUUGGUGGAACUGUGCCAGCUGCCCCGGUGAACGUGUCCGUGACCCAGUUGAGAGCCCACUCGGCCAUGGUGACCUGGAAUGUUCCUCAAGGAGAUACAGUCAUUGGGUAUGCCAUCUCACAGCAGAGGCAAGACGGUCUGAUGCAGCGCUCCAUCCGCGAGGUGAACACGUCGAGCCGCUGGUGUGUUCUAUGGGAUCUGGACGAGGACACUCACUACAGCGUGCAGGUGCAGUCUGUCGGUCCGCACGGUGACAGCCAACCCAGCCAAGCCCUCCACUUCAGGACCCUGGAAAGAACCGACCACUAUCCAGCGGGAGUUCUGGACCACCAUGAGCCGGCCAUGGAGGGUUUGGGUAUGACGCCUCAUUUGCAAACCGGAGAACUUCUCAUCAUCACCACCGUGUUGCUGCUUUGGGCAGCCGUCAUCGCGCUAUUCUGCCGCCAGUAUGACAUCAUCAAAGAUAACGACUCAAACGGGACCAGAGAGAAAGCCAAGAGACCGCUGGUCCAGACCGCUUCCUCUUACUACAACGCCUCCGCCCCGAGUUCGCCAAUCUACCACAAUGGCGCCGUUCGCAGCGGCAGACUUCACAGAGCCUCCUCCUCCAUCAGCAUCAUCCGAGUCUGAGAGAUCGGCUUCGGGAUCAGCAGAGUCUAUUUUCAAGUCGAAUGCCAGCACAGCAAGCAGCACUUCAAGCAAAAAAAAGAUAAAAAUACAAAAAAAAAACUCCACAAGUACAAAGUGGCCGUUGUAGAAUGAGGUUAACUACUGCCAUCUUGUGGCAAAAGACUUGAACGGAAAGACCUCUGAUUAAAAAUGGAUGCAGCAGAGAUUUUGCUUUUCCCGCUUACGCACUCACUUCCUGUUUCCGGUUUUUGGUUCAGCUGAUCCCACGAUGCUUUUCUAUGAUCUAUUUCUUGCCAAAAGCAGGGCUGCCAGUUCAGUUUGUGGCUGAACAGACGUAAGUUUGUGUUUGUUUUUCCAUUAUUGUGGCUGUGUCUCUUAUGCAAAUAACUAUCGUAAUAUUUAACUGCUUUUGAGCUCCACUUAGUCCCGCCUCUUCCGCUACGUAUCCAAGAUGGCGAUAGCAGAGGGUGGUUUGUUAUUGUUUGAAUAUUAAAGGAGCACAGGGUUGUUGAAUGGAAUAUGAGUGAAUGUUUACUUAGUAUGGAGAAUCAAAGUGUUUAAUUUUUUCGGGGGAAGGAAAUAUAUGUUUCUAUGUGACGCUAGAGAGUGUGACUGUGGUAAAAACAGUACCGGAAGAGGGCGGUGCUGCACCAAAAUGAUGGACGACAGAGUGGUUCGGCUCUGCUCGGCUCCUUUCGGCUCCACUCGUGAUUUGGAGCGUGUUAAGGGCAAGUAUACGCACUUAUACACUCAGGUGUAACUUAAGUAUAGUAGUACGCGAAUUGAGACACAGCCAAUAAGACAUGAUACGAUUACUAACAUCACCCUAGUGUAUCACAUUUAUGCUAAUAAUUACACCGUAGACUACUAUACAUCACAUAAAAACACAACUCUGCACUGUAUAAUUCAUAAUCAAUUUAAUAAAAAAUGAAUUCAUGUUUACAUUUAAAUUGGUGCAUUUAAUCCGGUGCAUGCAAUUUUCACUUAUGAACAGCAGAUGUCGCCAGAGCUCUGCUGUUAGCUUAAGAGGGUUUUCGUCACAUGAAGAAGGAAAUAGUCAUAAAAAGUGUUUUUUUCCCUCAGCAAUGCCUCAAUUAAAUUUGAAUAAUUCAAAUAAAAUAAAUUAGAGUGGAUUUAAAGGGGAAAAAAAGUGAUGGUGAAAAGAAUGCAUAAUUCUAUAGACGCAAAUGCCAGCCUAGGGUCAAAGGUCAGACACCGUCGGCGCUCCUUAACCUUUUUUCUUCCACACAAAAUACCUUCCUGUUCUACUUUGC